CCGUGUCUUUAUUAUCCCUUUCACCCCACCCAUGCUGCUAAGUCAACUGGGCAAUCUGACAAGCAUAUCUGCAAGCUGCUGCAAGGUGGAAUGACUGCAGACGUCACACUUCUUAUUCACCUGUUGGACAAGUCACAGAGAAACUUACUAGACGGGUUUGCACCACUUCGAGGCGGAGGGAGGAAAGGGAAAGCAAAUAAAGGCGAAUUGCAAUGAAGGUGCAAAACUGAAAAGUGCCUCCACUCCCCAGAAUGUGAAUAGUACAACCCCGGAACACAUACUAUGUCAGAAAGUUGGAGUUGCUGGCAGAGAGGAGGCCAGAAGUGAGCCGGGUAUGGAUGCUGUAAGGCCUUUACUGACUUACUACACUUUUAUUUGCUAUGGGUGACCCUGGUGGAAUUGGAAACAUGUCUUCGCAGUUACCCACGGAUGGAAAUAUGGAUGAAACCAUGUAUGAAGAGUUAUGUAUAGACAAUGACAGCGAUGCGCUUGUCAACAAUACAUCCGAGUACAGCCACCCACAAAAUCUGAAUCUGUGGCCUAACGGUUGUCCAAUAGUCUGGCCCAUUUCACCCUCUGAGGACUGUGAAAGUGAAGUGUUGCCUAGUGAGAAUUCCAGUGGCAGAGGUAGCGCAGACAGUGCCAAACCUCAGGAUACACAUAGCCGCACAUCUUCCUUAGUGAACGGAUUGCUGACAGAAAUCUACGACACAUACCGUGGCGGAGUUGGAUCAGGUCUUUGGCAAUAUCAGGAUAGCGUGGACAGCUCGACAGAAGCAUCUGGAUCGGAUGCCUUCCUGAGCAGGAGUAACCCUGAAUGUGGAUUCCUGCAGGAGCUAUCAGAGCACCAGAGCCGCAGGCAUCAAAUAAAGUUCCUCCGGCAGAAAGAUUGUAGUGAACUGAAAACAAUAAGAGGAGAACUUAAACGUCGUAUUGAGGUUCAGUCUGCCAAGCUCUUGCGCCAGUUGAAGCAGAAGGACAGACUACAGCACAAACAGCAAAAAAACUCUGACAUUGUUACUGCGAGUCUGCAGGCAGUUUCCCAGAAACGUUGGGUAGACACCAAAUUGAAAUUUACACUUGAACCUUCGCUGGGGCAGAACGGUUUUCAACAGUGGUACGAUGCACUCAAAGCUGUUGCCAGACUACCCACUGGAAUACCUAAAGAGUGGAGGAGGAGAGUAUGGCUGACACUUGCUGACCACUACUUACAUAGCAUCUCUAUAGAUUGGGAUAAAACUAUGCGCUUUACAUUCAAUGAAAGAAGCAAUCCUGAUGAUGACUCAAUGGGAAUCCAAAUUGUCAAGGACCUCCACAGGACUGGCUGCAGCUCCUACUGUGGACAGGAGGCAGAACAGGAUAGAGUGGUACUUAAACGGGUUCUUUUGGCAUAUGCCAGAUGGAACAAGUCUGUUGGCUAUUGUCAAGGGUUUAAUAUUCUGGCUGCACUUAUCCUGGAAGUAAUGGAGGGAAACGAGGGGGAUGCACUUAAGAUAAUGAUUUACCUUAUAGACAAAGUGCUGCCGGAGAGUUACUUUGUCAAUAAUCUGCGAGCGCUUUCCGUGGAUAUGGCUGUAUUUAGGGAUCUCUUGAGAAUGAAGCUACCGGAACUAUUUCACCACUUGGAUGUGCUUCAGAAAACCGCAAACAAGGAGAGUGGCGGUGGUUAUGAACCCCCACUUACUAAUGUCUUCACUAUGCAAUGGUUCUUGACUCUGUUUGCAACAUGUCUUCCUAAUCACACGGUUCUGAAGAUCUGGGACUCUGUGUUCUUCGAGGGUUCAGAGAUCAUUCUAAGGGUCGCGCUGGCAAUUUGGGCAAAGCUGGGAGAGCAGAUUGAAUGUUGUCAGAAUGCAGAUGAAUUUUACAGCGUGAUGGGCAAAUUGACACAGGAAAUGCUGGAAGACAAUCUGAUAGAGAGCCAUGAACUGAUGCAGACUGUUUACUCCAUGGCUCCUUUCCCAUUUCCACAACUUGCAGAGCUGAGAGAGAAGUACACCUAUAACAUCACUCCUUUCCCAGCACCUGUUAAGUCUGCUUCGUUCUCUGGGCAGCCAAGCAAAAUGCGAGACAGCGAUGAAGAAAAUGACGAAGAUGAAGACAUAAAUGCCAAUUCUAUUGGAUGUCUUGGCCCAUUCAGUGGACUGUUGGGCCCAGAGCUGCAGAGGUAUCCGAAACAAAUAAAAGAUCAUAAAGAAGAGCAGAAGCUUGGCAACAUUGCAGAGCUCAGCCCAGGGGCAAUCGACUCCUGUCGUGGGGAAUAUCAUGCUGUGUUCAAUAGUAUGAUGAUGGAGCGUAUGACCACUGACAUCAAUGCUCUGAAACAGCAGUACUCCAGGAUUAAGAAGAGGCAGCUGCAGCAAAUCCACCAGGUCUACAUAAGAGCAGGACCCGAAGAAGAAAGGGAUCCUGGGAUUGUGUUUGAUCCCAGGGAUCAGCUGAGUAAUGAUAAAGGGCCUGUGAGCAGCAUUCUGCCAUCUCAGGUUAAUAAUUCCCCUGUUAUAAACCACCUGUUACUUGGCAAGAAGUUGAAGCAAGUAAACAGGUCUUCUAAGAACACUGCCAUCCAGUUACCAGCCUCCAAGUCUAUGAUCUUACCCAAUGAAGAAGCUAAAGGCAAGCUAAAUUCUCCAUGGCGAACCCACAUCAGAGUUCAUAGAAAGAACAUUGCAAGGGCAAAAGGUCAGCUUGGCUACGGGGAUACAAUUGGGCUUAUAGAAGAGCAAAAUGAAGUCCCGAAAGAUCAGACUGAUGCUGCCAAAGAAAGCGAGGACAUUGUAGAGAAUGCUGACUCAGUAGCAGGUGAUGUAAAUGGUUCAGACAGGACAGUUAUGAAGGCUGAUGGACACUCUCCAGAGCCUGUUUUCCAGGAUGAAAAUGCAAAUGUGACUGUUGUACAGAGCAAACUAGAAGCACUGGAGCUGACCUCCACUGACGAAACUAAAGACAUGUCUGACAAAAGCCAGUCUGUUCAAGAAACACCUUCUGAUUCUCCCAGCUCCUCCAUGGAAAGUGGAACUUUAUCAAAAUCUCCAAGGGGACAUGUUUUCACUCCUUUCCCAAGUGUUAAGCCGCUAAGAAAAUCUGCUGCUGCUAGAAACCUGGGGUUAUAUGGGCCACACAAUAGAACCCCAACUGUAAAUUUCCCACAUAUGAGCAGAAGCUUCAACAAGCCUGCCAAUGGCAUUACAGGGAGCAAGAAACGAUAGCUCAACAUUAGCACUUUAUUUCUGAAAAGACUCUUUUCUGAUUUGAUUUCCUCCCAUGUUCUGCCAUUGCUUUCAUGAAAAAAGUGUCAAGGAUGGAGUUUUUGAAAAUGUACAGAUUCGUGCUCUGGUGUUAAAGGUGGUCCUGUAGUGUGGUACAAGUCUAGAAAAAUGCCUCUAGAUUUUGGAUAACAAUGUGGUGUCUGUUUAAUUAUUUAUCAUCGAUUAAUGAUGCUAAUUGACUUUUAAUUUAUUUAACUGUUUCUCUGCAUACAGAUUCUGCAGUCAUUUCACUGUUUGCUUAGAGUGCUAAAAGCCAAUUAGUCUUUACUCACUGGUGAAAAGUUCUAGGGAAGUUAGGACUGUGGUGUCGGGUUGUGAGAAUUUUACAGUGCAAUGCAAAGGAAUUCACAGACACAGCUUUAGGGCCUAGUUACCCGGUGGUUUGUUGUUGUGCAGCCACAUCUUCGCAAUUAUUAAUGUCACUUGUGAU